ACUCCUCAACUCCAUACAUCAAAAUUCCAAAAUGUUUGCGGAGACAGCGGCUAAAGUUCAAGAAGUUCGAGAUAUUACUCGAAUUGAACGCAUUGGUGCUCAUUCCCAUAUACGUGGACUUGGGUUAGAUGAUACUCUGGAUCCGCGUGCUGUUUCACAGGGAAUGGUUGGCCAGUUGGCUGCUCGUAGAGCUGCUGGAGUAAUACUUGAAAUGAUCAAAGAGGGGAAAAUUGCUGGAAGAGCAGUUCUGAUAGCUGGUCAACCAGGCACAGGAAAAACUGCAAUAGCUAUGGGAAUGGCUCAAGCUCUUGGUUCUGAUACUCCAUUUACAGUAGUAUCAGGAAGUGAGAUAUUUUCUUUAGAAAUGUCUAAAACAGAAGCUCUUACUCAAGCAUUUAGGAAAUCCAUUGGCGUAAGAAUUCAAGAAGAAACAGAAAUAAUAGAAGGAGAGGUAGUGGAAAUACAAAUUGAUCGUCCUGUCUCUGGAACCGGUUCUAAAGUUGGAAAACUAACACUGAAAAGUACUGAUAUGGAGACUACAUACGAUUUAGGUCAAAAAAUGAUUGAAAGUUUAACAAAAGAAAAAGUUCAAGCUGGAGAUAUAAUCUGUAUAGACAAAGCAACUGGAAAAAUUACAAAAUUAGGUCGUUCAUUUACAAGAGCAAGAGAUUAUGAUGCAACUGGAGCUCAGACAAAAUUUGUUCAGUGUCCCGAGGGUGAACUUCAGAAACGAAAAGAAGUUACACAUACAGUGACUCUCCAUGAAAUUGAUGUAAUGAACAGUCGUACCCAAGGUUUCUUGGCCCUUUUCUCAGGUGAUACUGGGGAAAUUAAAGUUGAAGUCAGAGAACAAAUUAACUCUAAAGUUGCAGAAUGGCGAGAAGAAGGCAAAGCCCAAAUCAUACCUGGUGUAUUAUUCAUCGACGAAGUCCACAUGUUAGAUAUUGAAUGUUUUUCAUAUCUGAAUCGUGCCCUUGAAAGUGAUCUUGCACCGAUUCUUAUUAUGGCAUCCAACAGAGGUAUUACUAAAAUUAGGGGUACACAAUAUGAAAGCCCUCAUGGUAUUCCAAUUGAUCUUUUGGAUCGCUCAGUUAUCAUUACUACUACUCCAUAUGAUGAAGACGAUACAAAAAAGAUUUUGAAAAUAAG